UCAUCAUGAUCCAACCCACUCGUCUCACAAAUUCCAACUGUCUGAAGUCCUCAGCAACAGCCAAUCUCAUUCUCCGCCAGUCUUAGCUCACAGAACCGAACGUUAACCAUGGAAGUACUUGGCCAGUGCAUUGAACUCAACACUCAGGCGAUUAUCCGCAUGAGGGAAGGGAAAUUCGUUGAGAGCUCUCUGAUGCUCAACAAUGCUUUGGAAAAGUUAGAGCUGUGUCUUCAGGAACCAAGUCCCCAGUCGAUGUACACAACUAGCCCAACUCGCAAUGGACAUCCCUCAUCGUCGUCGCAUGGAAGGCAUUCGGCAAGCCCAGUGACAGACAUCUCUGAAGCUGCUCCAUCUGAACAGGCGCAUGGUUCUUGCCAAUACACUAGCGUUUCCAUUGAAAGCCCACUCACCAACCAGAUCGUCAAGAAAGCGACGCCUGAGAACGUCUUUUCCUUUUAUCCUCGAAUGUUCCACGUCACAUGCAAAGGUCGUGCCGAUCCGAUGGAGCUUAUGAAGAUCACGAUGAUUGUUAUGUUCAACGAAGCUCUUGCUCGUCAUGCUAUUGCUUUGAUGUACUUGUCUCAGUGCAAGGUCAACCCUGAAAAGCACUUAACAAGGGUGCUGGGACUAUAUCAGAAGAUUAUGGUACUAGCUCAGAGCUGCUUCCAAUACAGCGAUGUUCGAGAGAUGCUAUGCGUCCUGGUCGCUGCUACCAACAACUAUGGUCACAUCUCCUCUCAGCUACUUCUCUUCAAUGAGACCAGAGAAAGCAUCAACCACAUCAUCCAGCUAUUGGCUCUCUCUAAUGAACACUCGUUCCUCCCUGAUGAUGUUCGCCUUUUCUUUGAAAGCGUCUGUAUCUUCCUCGAGGGACGCACUCUACGAAACGCCCCCGCAGCCUAAGCAACUGGUUGGGCUUCUUUCCGGGGCAAUUUUGGGUGCAUACUGGUACUGGUGCAAAUCUCCGCACCUCUACUCAUCGACAAGCAGCUACCUCCAUUCUCAAGGACAAAUGUCGCUCACACAAAGGAGCACAUAUGCAUCCUUCCUCCCGCUUUAGUUUUCCAAUUGUGCAAACCCAUUUCUAGCAAUAAUUAAUAGAUCUUCAUGGUUCACAUU